AUGGCACGACUGGCCCAGUGGGCUAGCCCUAGACUAGGGACCGGACUAGCCCAGCGCUUGUGCGACUUGCGCGAGCUGUCCCCUAAGUUGCAGAUCGUGGUGGACAUGGUGUCGGAGGGGGACAUUCCGUCUCACCGGGUGCCAUGGCCCAUUCCCGCGUUCAUCAAAACCAGCGACGAGUACUGGCUGCUGCGACCGUCCAAUUUCACCAUCAGCGUCCUGCCGAGUGCCCUGGAUCCCGGCACCCGGUGCCCCCUGGUGGACGCAGCCGCUGUUCGUUACGAGUCCGUUCUGAACCGCCCCGAGUGCCUGCGCAUCCCUCCGAAGGCCGUGGAGGCGUACCGGCAGCACAGCGCCGGUUACAUCAGCCGCUUGGUGGUGACGCUGCUAGGCGCCUGCGAGAGCUUUCCCGAGCCGCUCAUGGACGAACACUAUAUCCUGCGCAUUACGUCCAGCCCGAAGAAAAACGUGCUUCUCGCCAACUCUCCGUGGGGUCUGCUUCGUGGCCUGGAAACAUUUUCUCAGCUCGUCUACGGUCUCUCCAAUGACCUUUUCGCUAUCAACAGCACCUACAUCAGGGACUACCCGCGGUUCCCUCACAGAGGCCUUCGCAUCGACACUUCGCACCAUUUCCUCUCCAUGAGAUCCAUCAAGAAAACGCUGGACGCGAUGGUGAUGAACAAGAUGAACGUGCUGUUGUGGAAAAUGGUUGGAAACGACUCGUUCCCGCUGAGAAUGACGAGCCUGCUCGAGCUCAGCUCCCGGGGCGCCUACCGCACCGGUUCCCACGAGUACCGGGCUGAAGACAUCGCCCACGUGAUCGAGUAUGGACGAGUGCGUGGUGUGCGCAUCGUGCCCGAGGUGCACAGCCUGGACAACAUGGCGUCGGUGGGGCGCAGCCACCCGGAACUGCUGUGCGGCAAGUCCGGCUUCCUGGACCCGACCCACAAGGACGCUUUGAGUCUCGUGCGCGUCCUCUACACCGAGCUGGCUCGCCUCUUCCCCGACCAGCUGGUGCACGUCGGCGGACAGGAGUUCUCGUCCUCUUGCUGGAACAACGAUUCUGCACUGAUGAAACGGGUGGAGGAAUCCAGCGGGAGCGUGAAGGCGUUCGCCACGCUCUUCUUCGAUUCGUUAUUUCAGAUUCCCUAUCGCUUGCGCAAGGCGGCCGUGGUAUCAGACCAAAUUAUUGAGCGCUGGAACGUCACGGUGCCCCGUAUCGUGCUCGUGGAAGUGCCGUCAUCUCGAUUGGCCGAGCGCAUGGGUCCGGUGACGUCGGCUGGCCACAGGUCAUUGGCCUUUUGCGACGGACUGCUGGAGCACAACUGGACCCGCCUGUAUGCCUGCGAUCCGCACGGGUUCGAAGGAACCCAGACGCAAAAGAGGCGGGUAUUAGGAGGUGGAACAGGUCCGACGGGGCAAUACAUAGAUGGCACCAACCUCAUCAGCAGCAUCUGGCCGUGGGCGUCAGCAGUGGCUGAGGCACUGUGGAGCCCUAAGAAGCAAACGGAUUUGCUUGGCGUCGAAGGCAGGCUGGCGCAAAUGCGUUGCCUCAUGCUCAAGAGGAGAUUUGCUGCGCAACCUGUGGGGCCCGGAUACUGCCCAUGCGACGUUCUAUUCUAAAAGAAAAGGAAAUAUGCAAUAUCAGUGGUGAACAAACUAGUUUGAGCAAAAUAAAUAAUGCGACUUGUGCUGCA